AUGUCGACCGAACAAGAAAACAAACAAGCCAUCACCAACACUCAACCUAUCACUUCUACUACCACCACCAGUGAACAACAAAUGAAUGAUCAUGUUAUGGAUUCCGAUUCUGAUGGAGAAGAACAAACAUCAUCAACUGAAGUACAAAAAUUCGAUCCAAUUCCAAGAGAAAAAUUAGAAAUUGAUUUGGAGAGUCCUCACCUGGAUUUAGCUCAUCAUCCUCAUGAAUCCAUCGGAGCUGGUUAUCCAUUAAGUAUAAAUUUACAAUUUUUAGAUUUGACAAAUUGUAGAUUGAAAAAGAUUGAAAAUUUGGAUCAUUUAGUUAAUUUGCAAUCUCUCUUGUUGAGACAAAAUUUGAUUGAAAAAGUUGAAGGAUUGAAAGGAUUAAAAUCUCUUGUUCAUCUCGAUUUGUAUGGUAAUCAAAUUAAGAGAGUUGAUGUUAAUGAAUUGAAUCAUUUACAAAAUUUAGAAAUUUUGGAUUUGUCUUUUAACAAGUUACGUCACAUGGUUAAAGGUUUGAAAAUGCCACACCUCCGAGAACUCUACUAUGUAAAUAAUAAGAUUAAAGAAAUUGAAGAAGAAGCUACAAAGGGAGAAACUGAUUUACCUGCAUUGGAAUUAUUGGAACUUGGUGCAAAUAGAUUGAGAGAAAUUAAAAAUUUAGAAAAUUUAACAACUCUCAAACAAUUAUGGUUGGGAAAGAAUAAGAUUACUGAAAUUAAGGGAUUGAAUACACUCAAACAAUUGAUUAGAUUAAGUCUUCAAAGCAAUAGAAUCAAAAAACUUGAAAAUAUCAAUCAUUUAACACAAUUAACUGAACUCUAUAUCAGUGAAAAUGGUAUUGAAACAAUAGAAGGACUAGACACAUUAACUGAGUUAGUAUUGUUGGAUUUGGCUCAAAAUUUCAUCAAACAAAUAAGUGGUCUUGACAAUUUGAUUCAAUUGGAAGAGCUCUGGAUCAAUGACAAUCAACUUGAAACAUUCAAGGAAGUUGAAAAGCUUGUUAAUUUACCACAAUUAACAAGUGUCUAUUUCAGAAGUAAUUUAUUUUUCAAUGAUCCACAGUACAAACGUAAGAUUAUUCUCAUACUGCCUAACGUUACAUCCAUUGAUGGUUUCCCUGUUAUUAAAAAGUAAAUUAGAUUCUUU